AUGGCCGGCUCCGGUAAAUCUCAAAAGGGUCGUGGCGGCAUAAGCGGUGGGAUGGGGUCAUCGUCUGGAAGAGCUUCAUCUCACACCUCAAACAGUAGUACCCCGUCUUCAAAUAGCCGUCCCCUGCCUAUUCAAUACGCUCAUAGUCAGAGCCCUAUUCCGGAGACAAUCCCACCGCGUGGCUCGACUCUUGCUCCACAGACGUCGCCGCGUGGCUCUGCUUCACACCCACAGCCGAUCCGUCCCCAACCGCUUCGUCCACCGCCGUACGUUCCACCACAGUGGACUCCACCACCGUACAAUCCACCGCCGGAAGGUCCAGAGACAGAUGCUGAACCAAUGGAGGAUCAAUUCCCGGAACAGGCUCAACCACCACCGCAUCAAGAUCCACCGAUGAGUAUCCACGACUUGCUGCAAACACCAGGUCGUGCUGACUAUUUACCCAUCUUGGACCCUCUUCCCACCGCAAACACAAUAUGGUUUGAUCGGGAUGAUGGCAAAUUGGUUCGCAAAAUAUCCAAGAUUUUGAAAAGCAAGUUUGAUGGUCCAUACUACUGCUGGACAAAAACGCCUCCAUAUGUUCAAGAUAGGUGUUUCAUAGCCUUUGCGCAAGCAUACCAUUGGGAUCCCUUGGUCCAUUCACUCGUGGAAGACGAAUUCAAGGCAAUUGCAUUGAAUCGGAUGAAAGACUUGGUCUCCAAAGCAAGGACAAAACGGGUUCGACCAAGUUGGAUUGGGGAAACAUUGUGGGAGAGUAUGUGCGCUUACUGGUCCACCGAGGAGGCCAAAGCGAGAAGUUCUACUGCAUCAAAUGCAAUCAAAUUUCCGAAAGAUGGACUUGGCAAGCGCAUACAUCGGUCAGGACAAAAGUCCUAUUCACGCAUUCAGAGAGAUAUGGAAAAAGAGCUUGAAAGACCGGUAUCAAUCGGAGAAGUGUUUAUAAGGACACAUACACUGCCUGACGGAAGUUUCGUUGAUCCAAAGUCUCAGCAGAUUGCUGAGACUUAUGAAAAAAACUUAGAGGACGAGAUGUCUCAGCUUAUGGAUGACGAAACUGAUUGUUCUUCUGAGCUUACCACAGCUGCAAAAGACAAUGUCUUUCUCAAGUCAACGGUAACAGAUGAUAGAGGCCAAGAGUUUGGUCUUGGUAGUCUCCGGAGACACUAUGGCAACGGGAAGAGGAAGAGAGGGGCAGGGAAUUGGCAAGAUCGAUGUUUUCUUGUAGUGAGUGGAACAUCCUCUAUGACACCUUGUGGGAUUCUUCUAGAUCGAUCAGCCAUGAUAAGAGAGAUCCUAGUUGGCUUGAAAUCAGUCAUUCCAAGUCUAGCAGCAACAGAGAGAGGCAUCAAGUUUACACUGGAACCUAGAUCACAAAGAGAAUGA